AAACAUUUCCGUCCGAGGAAAAACGACGGCGGAGUAAACAUGGCGGCGUCGUUGAUGCGGUUUGUCCGCGGAGGACUUGGAAGGAGUUACAACAUUGCUCGGAGUUCCUGUCUCCUCCAGCAGCAGGCCAGGCUGCAGAGCUCCACCACAGAGACCAGUCCCACCAUCAGGCCCAAGGAUGCCGUCACUCAUAACCAGCUGGCAGCAUUUGGGGAGUACGUUUCUGAGAUAAUGCCUAAAUACAUCCAGCAGGUCCAGGUGACCUGUUAUAAUGAGUUGGAGGUGAUGAUCCAUCCUGAUGGAGUCAUCCCGGUGCUGACCUUUCUGAGGGACCACACCAACGCUCAGUUCAGGAACAUGACUGACCUUACGGCUGUCGACAUCCCGACACGACAGAACCGCUUUGAGAUUGUGUAUAACCUGCUGUCGCUGCGCUACAACACCCGUAUCCGCGUGAAGACAUACACAGAUGAGUUAACACCCGUGGACUCUGCUGUGCCGGUCCACAAGGCAGCAAACUGGUAUGAAAGGGAGGUGUGGGACAUGUUUGGUGUCUUCUUCUCCAACCACCCAGACCUGAGGCGCAUCCUGACAGACUACGGCUUCGAGGGUCACCCAUUCAGGAAGGACUUCCCUCUCUCAGGAUACGUAGAGGUGCGUUACGAUGAUGAGGUGAAGCGUGUGGUGGCGGAGCCCGUGGAGCUGUCGCAGGAGUUCAGGAAGUUUGACCUGAACACGCCGUGGGAGGUUUUCCCCGCUUACAGGGAGCCCAAAGAGGCCCCGCCCAAACUGGAGGCAGGCGACACUCCAGAGAAGAAAUAACUUCCCGUUUCAUCUCCACAUUCUGUUUGAGUCAUUUUGGGAUCCUCUGCCCUCCAUCUGAACAAAGCCACCUCAAUAUUUAUGUAAAUAAAAUACCAAUAAAACAGUCUGAAAAAGA